AUGUCCGCGGCCACCAGCUUCAAAGGCCGCGAACGAUUUCUUGUGAAACUCGAGUUCAUGCGCGCCUCUACCCUCUGGCAGCGCAAUUUUGCUGGACUUUUCCCCUCCGUCCAAGCGCCCAUUUCUCGUCAAUUCUCUGCUAUCUUCCGAGCCCAGACCUCCGCCAAGCAAUACGCCCGAUCCCUCCACGUCGAUUCCAAAGCCGAGACCGAGCUCAAGGAACUCUUUAAACGAGUACCAUGGCCGACAACACGACAGGAGGAGCUGACGCUGGUUCAAAGCAGACGCGAUCGCCGCCCAGCGGCUAACCAAGGAAGUCGACAAGCCCUAGACAAGAGGAAGCGCGCUGAAGAACGGGAAGCGGCGAAGCGUCGCAAGAUCGAGAGUGGUGAACAGAUCACGAAUCCGAUCUAUGCUACCGAGUUCUCCAAGGAAGAAAUUGAGAAUGAGGAGCGCCGGCCAAAGAAGAAAGUCGCGGUCAUGAUCGGGUAUUCUGGAACUGGUUACUACGGCAUGCAAUUAACUGAGGAUAAGCCCACCAUUGAAGGCGAGCUGUUCUCGGCCUUGGUCGCCGCUGGCGCAAUCUCCAAGGCUAACGCAACGGAUCCCAAGAAGUCUUCCUUCAUUCGCUGUGCCCGUACCGACAAGGGUGUCCAUGCCGCGGGUAAUGUCGUCUCCCUUAAGAUGAUCAUUGAGGAUCCAGACAUUGUCGAAAAGAUCAAUUCCCAUCUCAGCCCUCAAAUCCGGGUUUGGGGAUUGGAGCAGACGGCAAAGAGUUUCAGCUGUUAUCAGAUGUGUGACUCUCGAGUCUACGAGUACCUGCUCCCAAGUCACUGUCUCCUUCCUCCUCAUCCCAGUACAUAUAUGGGAAGAAAGAUUGUCGAGCUCGCUGAAAAGGCCGGCGAUUUGGAUGAGGUCAAGGCCCGACAGGAAGAGGUCACCGGCUACUGGGAGAAGGUGGAUGAGGAAUAUAUCAAGCCAAUCCUGGACAGCGUCCCAGAGGAUAUUCGCAACAUCGUUCAACAAUCUCUCUUCUCCAGUGAUGUGACUCCGGAAGAUCUUGAUAAGGAGGAUCAACCUGCUGCGGAGGAGCCAGAAAAGCCAGCCGAGGAAACGACGCAGCCGCAGGAAUCUGGCGCUGACCAACCGAAGGAGGACCAACCAUUCGUCAUGGACCCUCGCCAAAGGCUGAUUCUCGACACCACCAAGGCCGUAAAGGCAGCUUAUAUCAAGGCCCGUCGGGCCUACCGGGCACCUGCGUCUCGUAUUGCUCGCCUGCAAGAGGCUCUUGACCGAUAUGUGGGCACACCGAACUUCUACAACUAUACUAUUCAGAAGACCUUCAAGGACCCCUCGGCCAAGCGCCACAUCAAGUCAUUCAAGGUUAACACGACCCCCGUGGUCAUCAACGGUACCGAGUGGCUUAGUCUGAAGGUUCACGGUCAAAGUUUCAUGAUGCACCAAAUCCGCAAGAUGGUGGCCAUGGCUUCCCUGGUUGUUCGUUGCGGCUGUCACCCCGAUAGAAUUAAGGACUCCUACGGACCCGACCGUAUUGCCAUUCCCAAGGCUCCCGGACUCGGACUGCUGCUAGAGCGACCCAUCUUUGACAGCUACAAUGCCAAGGCCAGCAGUCUUGGCCGUGGCCCCGUUCAUUUCGAAAGGUUCACAAAGGAGAUGGAUGAGUUCAAACAACGCGAAAUUUACGACCGGAUCUUCCGCGAAGAGGAGCAGACUUCAGCAUUUGGCAACUUCUUCAACCACAUCGAUCACUACCAGAACAACUUCUUCUUGUACUGCACAUCUGGUGGUAUCGCAGCUGCGAAGCUUGUCUCUGCGCCCACCGAGAAAGGUGCCCCUAAGGGAGAAGGUAACAAGGCUGAUAAGGACCAGAGUGCGGCUCUGGCUGAAGUUGAGUCUUCAGAGGAUGAGGGUGAGCUGCCGACUGGUGGUGAAGAAGGCAACUAA